GGGCCAUCCCAGGCAUUGAUAAGUCCCAUGAUCCGGGUCCUACCCAGUCGGCCGGCCAGUGCUCUGGAACCCAAGUGACUCCAUCAGCAUGGCUCCCACCAGCACAUCAAAGAUCUCCCUCCCAUGCGGAUCCCGAAGGAGGAGGCUUGUUUUGAAGCCGACGCAGCAAGGGGCUCUGCACGCAUUGUUCCAACAGAACCCGUACCCAGGCAUCGCCACCAGAGAACGACUGGCCCGAGAGCUAGACAUUCCAGAAUCCAGGAUCCAGGUGUGGUUCCAGAACCAGCGCACGAGACAGCUAAGGCAGAGCCGAUUGGGGUCUGCCAAAUCCCAAGGGCAAGGGCCAACACAUGGACAGGAACAGCCUCCAUCUUGGACUCAAGAACAUUUCACAAAGGAUGGCAGGAGAAAACGGACAUCGAUUUCUCCAUCCCAAACCAGUAUACUCCUUCAAGCCUUUGAGAAGAACCGCUUUCCAAGCAUUGCUACCAGGGAACACCUGGCCAGCCUCACAGGUCUUCCGGAAUCCCGCAUUCAGGUCUGGUUCCAGAACAGAAGAGCUCGGCACCCAGGGCAGAGCAGAAGUGGCCCCGUAAAGGACAUGGAAGCACACCCCAAACCCAGUCCUUAUGUGACAGUCCCAGUGGAACCAGGCCUCCUGGCCAGGGUCCCUGGAGUCUCUUCAUUCGACACGCACUUCUUUGUCCCCCAUCCCAAGGGGAACACCAGCAGCAACAUGAGCGCACUGGCAUGA